AUGAAUGGAAUCGGAUUACGGUCACUGGUGCCGGAUGGUGGCCAAAGAUUUACACUGGGUUUCCUGGUGUUUUUCACCGUCUUGUCGGCUGACUGUGCUCUAGCAUUCUACAAAACAUUUGGAGAGCUAAGCGUACACACGCUCACGGAUUCCGGUUCACUCGACGAUUGUUCUCUAAGACUGCAGAAGCUGUUAGAUCGUAAGGUGUCUAGCCAGACGGCUUCGUAUCCGACGUACUCUAGAGAGUAUGCACACCUGGUAGCCAUCGGGUGGAAGCAAACCAGUGGUGACUUCGAGUGGAGAUGUUCCGGAACACUGAUCGCCGAAGACUUCGUACUAACAGCGGCCCAUUGUACGGUUGAAGAUGGAAAAGAACCAACAACGAUUCGUGCCGGUGACCUGGAUUUGUACAGCGCCGAAGACGACCGCUUUGCGCAACAGCUGGACAUCGCGGAAAUCGUCCGCCAUCCCGAGUUCGAUACUGACAGUGCCUAUCACGAUGUAGCGCUAAUCAAACUUGCAAAACCGGUGACUGUGACCGAUUUUGUAACACCGGCUUGCUUGUAUACCAACGAGUCGCUCGCAUCGCUGCCGUUGUAUGCUACCGGCUGGGAUUUUUAUGCUGACGUUUCCCCACCCGUCUACAGCACCCGGUUAAAUUUAAUCGAUCAGGACCGAUGCAAGUUUUGGUACCGUGACAACAAGGAAGCGUUCCGAAAGGGAAUCAAUCGGAUGCUAAUGUGUGCCGGAGAUGAACAGCAAAGCGACUGUCCGGGCGACACCGGUGGACCCCUGCAAGCGAGACUGCUGUCGAGCUCGAAGUACACUCCAUUUGUGGUGGGUGUCUCAGCACUGGGGGUGCCAUGCGGACAGACAACACCGGGAGUGUAUGCAAAAAUUUCCCACUACAUCAAUUGGAUAGAGGAUGUCACUAAACUGAACUUUUUCCCACAAGAAUGUGUCGUGAAGCACAUCUCCAAACGUGAAUCAGACGAAGCACUUGUUGCUCCCGAGCUGAAGACCAGAUACAACCAACCACACCUGACGGGAAAACGAGACAUGACGACUUCCGAUCCGCACCGGGCACAAUUACAAAUCUUUAAAGAGUUCAAGUGUGCUGUUGGAAAGGACGGUGAUAACGUGGAUUGGAUCUGCGGAUGUACGAUUGUAGCACAGGAUUUUGCCGUGACAUCGGCCCGUUGCGUAAAAAACGUCGAGGUCGACAUCGUCAACUACAAAAACGACUGGAAGCGCAUAGACGAGAUAAUCUUCCACCCGGAGUACGACAAAAAGACGCUCUACAACGAUCUGGCGCUGAUACGACUGCAAACCGAUAACAGGAAUCGAUACGAUUGGAAAUCAGUUUCUUGCAUCGCAGCCAACGAAGAUCAAAGGCAGUUCCUGUCGUUCGGCAUCGGGCCGUACAACCUGAACGAUGAUGGUUCGAUGGAUAACAACACCGAUGGAACCGAGCGCUACCUGACAGCCACGUUGCAACUGAUGGAAAACGCAAAUUGUACCGAACACUAUAAGAAUUAUGGCAUCCUGAAGGAUGGCAUCAACGAGACGCAAUUUUGUACGUGGUCUAAAGAUAGUCUGGUCACGGGAGCUUGCGAACCGUGGAACGGGAACGAGGUGCUGAAUGAAUUACGACCCCCCAGCGACUCCAAUCCGUUCCCGGAGGACCUAAUCGGGAUCGGUUCGUAUGCGCCGGACUGUGGAUUCGGUGGCCGACCAAUGAUCAGCACCAAGGCAAUCGCUUUUCGCGAAUGGAUGAAUUCGGUUAUCUACAGGACGAUUAACGUCAACACUGUUAGGCAAGUGCUGAUGGAGAAGGAACUGGCGCUGGACUACAUCUGCGAGGCUUCCGACCGGGAGGCCGGCGUCUGUGUGCAUAUCGACCACUGCAGCCAUCGCGCUCUGGUGGACGAAAUCAAAUUCUGCACGAACGAAACGGCACCGAUAGUGUGCUGUCCGGUUAAUUCGUUCAUCGCGACGGCACAUUUGCCACUGCUCACCGACUGCGAAACCAAUUACCAGCGCUUCAGGAAGAAGAACGUGGAUUUCGCCUCGCCCGACGGUCGACAGGUCGAGGCCGGGGAACACCCGCACGCCGUGAUGAUCGGAUGGAAAGUCAACAAGACCGCCACCAAUUGGCACUGUAUGGGAACGUUAAUUAACAAAAACACCGUCCUUACAACGGCAGGAUGCACGAACACGGUCAAAAGGCGCCGCCCGGAUGUGAUCAGCAUCGGUGAAUCGGACGUGAGCAAAAUCUAUGAUGGCGUGGCGCAAAUUAUACGUGUGAUGGAGACCAUUCGUUACCCCAGCUACAAUCCCAAAACACGUGAAUACGAUAUUGCCAUACUGAAGCUGGAGUCCGAGGUGGUUGUCAACGAGAAUGCAAUCCCCGCUUGUUUGUGGCGUGAUUUAAAUCGAACGCCUUACUAUACGCAGGAGGUGCAGUUCGAUAAACAGUUUCUCACCGCACGAGACAAGAACCUGGUGCACAACCGGGACUGCCAACAGUUCACGUCCCACACCGAGCUCAACAACGACCAGAUGUGCUGGCAGGAGUUCAAACUGCGUGCUGAUGGCAGCGAGGCAGAAAACUGUGGCCACCGAGGGGAUCCAUUUAUCUCGUUUCAGCGCAGCAACAACAUCUACCUGCCCUAUCUGGUGGGACUGUACAGCUUCGGCGACAAACAGUGCGCUUCCGGCGAGCCCGUGGUGGCGACCCGGAUAUCGUCCUACAUCAACUGGAUUAGCCUGUAUCUUUAG